UACAUGUUUCCCUUAGGCAAUAUUAUUAGAAAGCACGGCAUAAACUUCCAUUGCUACGCAGAUGAUACCCAGCUAUAUUUAUCCAUGAAACCAUAUGAAACUAAUCCGCUGGUUAAACUCCAAGCAUGCCUUACAGACAUAAAGGCUUGGAUGACCUGUAAUUUUCUACUUUUAAACUCAGACAAAACUGAAGUUAUCGUAUUUGGCUCUAAACAUGUCAGAUAUUCAUUAUCUAAUCACCUGCUUUUGUUGGAUGGCAUUACCUUGGCCUCCAGUACUACUAUGAAAAACCUUGGUGUUAUAUUUGACCAGGAUAUGUCCUUUAAUUCUCACAUAAAGCAGGUGACUAGGACUGCUUUCUUCCACCUUCAUAAUAUCAUCAAAAUUAGGAGCAUCCUUUCUCAGAGUGAUGUGGAAAAACUAGUUAAUGCAUUUGUGUCUUCCAGGCUGGAUUAUUGUAACUCGUUACUGUCUGGCUGUCCAAGUAGCUCUUUAAAAAGCCUCCAAUUGAUUCAAAACGCUGCAGCAAGAGCACUGACAGGAAUUAGCAAGAGAGAUCAUAUUACUCCAGUAUUAGCUUCUCUUCAUUGGCUCCCUUUAAAAUCUAGAAUUGAAUUUAAAAUCCUCCUCCUUACAUACAAGGCCCUGAAAGGCCUAGUUCCAUCAUAUUUGAAAGACCUCAUAGUACCAUACUGUCCUAACAGAUCACAACGAUCUCUAAGUGCAGGUCUACUUGUGGUUCCUAGAUUUUCUAAAAGUAGAAUGGGAGGUAGAGCCUUCAGCUAUCAGGCUCCUCUCCUAUGGAACCAGCUCCCAGUUUGCGUUCGGGAGGCAGACACAGUCUCUACAUUUAAGGUCAGGCUUAAGACUUUCCUUUUUGAAAAAGCUUAUAGCUAG